UCGGACUUUCGUGAUUUUCACCCACGGGGGUCGUGCUUUGCGAUCGAUUCCACAGCACAGAUUAUCCAACCGUGUUUAAGUUUUUGUCAAUACGCCUCCAAACACCUAAAAAUGUCCGGUAUUGCCAGUGCCGUCGGUCUAUGGACAUCCAAAUGCAUUCUAAAUGUGCAGCAGCAAUCAACCCGUAUGCUGCACUUCACAGCGGUGUGCUACCGUCGUAAGCCACGUUUCCUCGGCACGGCCAAGAGCAAACUGUUCCGCGUCCCAGAACGGCACAAGCAACUGGAGGAAGAGGCAAUCGAGCUAAAACGGCUGCACAAUAUCUAUCACACCCAGAUGAAGGCCGUGCGUCGGUUUCUGAUGGAUGAGGUCGAGGCUUCGAAACUGAUAUCCCGUGCCGGUAUGGUCAUUCAAACACCCGAAGAGGAAGCGGCAGAAUGGCAAGAAGUGCAGAGGAUCAACGAAGAGUGGAACCAAAAAGUUGGGGAAGUUCGCGACAAGAGGCUUGCUGACGAACGAGAACAAAGGAAGAAUUACAUUCUGGAAAAAUUGGUUGCCAAAGAACAAAGGGAUCAGGAAAAUCUCGAACAAGUAGAGCAACGAGUCCGACGAGAGAAAGAAUUAUCCAGUAGCUACAUUACUCGAGAUAAUAUCGAUAAGGCUAUAGAAAUGGCUUUAGUUCAACCAAUGAGUUUUAACUUUGCGAUUGAUUUGAAUGGUAAUAUACAUAGGAACGAAGAGGGACAAGCUCAGGAAACAAUCAAGGGAUGAUAAGUUUACUACAAAGAUUGUUAUUAGAUUCAUUGACGUAGUAAAACGUAAUGAAAUACGAUUCA